ACGCAACGCAACCGAUACCGAGCCGAGCAAAAACCACUAAAAAAAAACUUGUGAUUGGUGUUCUUUUGCUGUUUCUUCGAGUGAAAUUAGCAUUUUGUGGCACUUUGAAAUAUCUCUCAAUAUUUCGUAAAGUUCCCCUCAGUCAUGCCACCGAAACGCAAAGCAGCAGUUCCGAAGGAAAACGUUCCCCCGAAGCGCGGUAAGAACCAAGCGAAGGAAUCCCCAAAACCCAUCGACGAAAAGGUCAACAAACUCGUGGAGGUUCCAGAUCCCGUAGAGGACGGCACCGCCGCCCCCUCCAAGGUUGAUGUCCCGUCGCCGUCGGUCGUCAGCAGCGCAGCAAGUGCGACGAAACUGUCGGAUAGUCUGUUGGAAAGCUUCGAUAAACAUCCCCCGGGGAAGCUGCUGAUCGCCGGAAUGGUCGCUUGGGAACUGACGGGCGGAAACAAGACGAAAGCGGCGGCGACCAAUGCAAGACCAAAUCUGUUAAGCUUCAACCGGUUCACAGCGGAAACGUAUCGAUCGGCUGUAAGUGGAUGUUGCUCGGCACACUCGGUGCUGAUAACCUUGGAUAGAAAAGCGCUAGCGUUUGGACGCAAUCAACACGGCCAGCUUGGUCAAUCCGAUUUGAGGAUAUUCGAGAAGCCCACACCAGUAAAUGGGCUGAAAAACGUCAAUGUUGUUCAAGCCGCAUGCGGAAGGAAUCAUACCUUGUUCCUCACCGACCAGGGCAUCGUGUACGCUUGUGGUGACAACCGGAACGGCCAAUGCGGUGUUGGAAACACAAACUCGCCAAUAGUGAAAGCGACCCGAUUGAAGUACACCGGCCCACCCAUCGUGAAGGUGGCAUGCGGGGCCGAAUUUUCCAUGCUAUUGGACGUCAAUGGGGACUUGCACUCGUUCGGAAUGCCCGAGUACGGCCAGCUGGGGCACAAUACGGACGGAAAGUAUUUUAUCACGGCCAAUCGGUUGACGUUCCACUACGAGAUGUCUCCCAAGAGGCUGGAGACGUUCGUGGACAAGACCAGCGAAGGCCGCAUCGUACCUAUGGAGAACGUUAAAAUUGUGGACUUUGCCUGCGGCAAUAACCAUACGGUUGCAAUCGAUUCGAAAAAUCGAGCAUUCGCCUGGGGGUUUGGAGGAUAUGGUCGGCUUGGACAUGCCGUGCCACAAGAUGAAUGGGUUCCUAGACUCAACAAAUAUUUCGACACCCAGAAGCGCAAGGUGCUGCGUGUGUUCUGCGGAUCGACCUUCAGUCUUGCCACGACCGACAUCGGCUGUCUUCACCUGUUCGGACGGAACAACGUGAAUGGCGAAGCCAGCAUGUAUCCCCGACCGGUGCAGGACUUUACCGGUUGGGACAUCACCACCAUUGGCGCCGGAUACUCGUCGAUUUUGAUUUCGGGCGAGGAUUCUCUGGUUGCCUGGGGAGCCUCUCCAACGUAUGGUGAACUGGGCCUGGGUGACGCGGUGAAGUCGUCUUCCAAACCGAAACUGGUGCCCGGUAUGGAAGGUAUGAAAAUACCGCACGUAUCGUUAGGACAAUCGCACUCUCUGUUGCUCGUGGAUGUGGAACACGAGGCUACCAAGCAAAUGUACGAAGAACUGCCCGAAUUCAUCGUUGAUUGAUCGAAUACUAGGUACCUAUGCUGAUGGCAGGUAUGUCUUUCUGUGACUUAAGUUGUUUUGAAGUUUAAUAUUGUUCGUAUCGUUUUCCAACGAUUGUUCUUGUUUGAUGUUUUAAACUUGAAACAGUCAGUUUGUGCUAAUAAUAGACCUGUCUGGUCUUGUCAUUGAAUUACCUUAUUUUACUUGACCUGACAACCUUUCGUUCUAUGUUAAAACUGUUACCUGAUGCGAAGGAUAGAAUAUA